UGCUUUUCCUCGCAACAAAAAAAGACUCGCACUUCUUCUUCUCCCCUUCGUCUCUGAGAAGAAGAACAUCACCAAACACUGAGAUAAUCUCAUUCCAGCUGUUAAAGCUCUCCAAUUUCCAUGGCGACGCCUAAUCAGGAAGCAAUCGACACCUUCAUCGGCAUCACCGGCUCCACCGCCGCCGCCGCCGCCCGAAAGCUCGAUGAGCAUGGGGGCAAUCUCAAUGAAGCUGUGGAUGCAUAUUUCAAUGAAGGAGAUAGAAACACAUCAGUCGCACAUGAGACACCUGUCAUUGAUGAAGAUGAUUACAUGGACGUAGAUGAUCCAGAUUUACUUGGCUAUCAUAGAAAUCCUCUACCACUUCUAGCUGCAGCUAGAGACAUCAAUCCAUUAUCAUAUCUGGAGAACUUUGGUAGAAGUGUCUUUGAUAGUAGAACCGAUAUGACAAAUCCUACGCCAAUUGUUACUCAUCCGAGAGAAGUGAGGGAAAUUCCCAUAGAAUUCAAGGAUGAUGGUUAUUCAUCUGGUCAGUCUGGCCAUGCUCCUACUAUUGAUGAUGUUACUGAAACAGUGCAGGCAUACGGCCCAGGUGUCAGUGGAACGGUGAUUGUUGAUGACAACGAUGAUGAUAUUCCAGCUGCCCCAGCUGCUCAGGCAGGGCAAGGGAGCGGACCAAGAGAUAACGCUUUGGGUGAUGGAUCUCAUCUUCACAGUUUUGCACCCAGCGCUCCUCGAUUUGAUGAUCCUAAUAAUGAUAUUGAAGAACAAAUGAUUCGAGCUGCUAUUGAGGCUUCAAAAAGGGAGGUUGAGGCUAACCUUUCAAAUCACCAAUAUGGUGUACCAAAUGAGUUUGAUGAUAUUGGGCCUCAGCAAAGACAGUCUCACCAAGAGGAUCCUGAACUUGCACAUGUAGUUUCAUUGUCACUGAAGACAGCAGAGCAAGAAACAGCUUUGCGUGGGCUGGGGGGAAAUGUUAGACCGGCAGAGAUGGAUGCUUCUAAGGCAGCUGAGGAAGAGCUGGGUAACGUAGCUGUACCAAAUGGAAGCUUGGAAGCCGGAAGCUCCUCUGUCAGAGAUGAUAUUGAAGAUGUGGAGGAACAGCCUCUUGUCAGGCAGAGGUCCAUGCAUAUGCCUCCUGGGUCUGUGGAGCCUUCCCAAGAAGUUGGACCUAGCGAAGCUGUUGCACCUUCUAGUGCUGGAGUGCAGGAUAUGGAUAAUCACCCGAGCCAUGAUGGAGGGGCCUUCCCUUCUGACGAGUGGGGAGGCAUGUCUUCACAAGAACAUGAUGAAGCAGUGAUGCUUGAGGCUGCAAUGUUUGGUGGAAUCCCUGAGGGGUCUGGAUAUCGUAUUCCAUAUGCUCCUCAUCAGUUCAUGCGACCAGCGGUUUCAUAUCCCCUGCCAGUACCUCGUCCCCCUUCACCUUCUCUGACGGCACAGCGAAUGAUACGGGAACAACAGGAUGAUGAAUAUCUUGCAUCACUGCAAGCAGACAGAGAAAAGGAACUGAAGGCUAUUGAGGAAGCUGAAGCUCGGCGGGAAGCAGAAAGACAAAAAGAGGAAGAAUCUCGGAGAAAAGUUGAGGAGGAGCAGGAAUUGGAGAGACAAUUAGCCGCAAAGGAGGCUACUCUCCCUCAAGAACCAGCAUCAGAUGAUGUAAAUGCUGUAACCCUUCUGGUGAGAAUGCCGGAUGGCAGCCGCCAUGGUCGUCGAUUCCUGAAGACCGAUAAGCUGCAGUCUCUUUUCAACUUCAUAGAUAUUGGCAGAAGAGUGAAACCCGGGUCUUACAGAGUGGUGAGGCCUUUCCCGAGGCGUGCUUUCAGUGAUGGAGAGAGUGCUUUGACUCUAAAUGAACUCGGGCUAACCAGCAAACAAGAAGCUUUGUUUUUGGAGUUGAUAUAGCAGGUGACUCCAAUAUGUAGAAUAUAGAAAUAUUUUAAUAUAUCAACAUAUAUUGUUCAAUGAAACACUAAUGUUUGUUUGGCUAAGGGUUGUGUUUAAGUGAAAUAUUUUAUGCAUGGUUUCGUGGACAAUCAGAUUUGAAAGGCAGAAUAUUUAUAAUCACUGUGUAUCUAUUGAUCUAUAGUCGGGCUUAUACCUGGACAGAUUUUGAUCAUUCGUGUGUAAGCCUCUGUUUUUCAGAUUUUAAACAGAAUGUUAAUCAGUUUGCAUGUGCACAAC